AUGACUCUUAGAGAGAUAAAUGAGAUUGAUGAUGCUUGUCAAAGGGAUUUUAGUGAAGAAGAGGAAGUAGAUGAGAGUGAGAAUGAGGUUAUUGAGGAAGCUGAUAGUGGAUUACGAUGUGUUUGGGAGCCCUCAUCCAAACGAGUAUUUUACAGAGAGCCGACAAGGAAUUCCAUUAAUAACCAGCCUACACUGCUAUGGCUUAUAAGUCUUAUAAUCCUGUCGGCUGUAUGGAGGGCUUUUCUUCCUCUGAAAUCAACAACAUGGUGGCCAUAUGCCUUGCUAAUAAUAACAUCUGUUGGGUUUGAAGAAGGGCUUCGUGUCUUUUUCUGGAAAGUUUACAAGAGGUUGGAAGACAUGUUGGACGCUUAUGCUGACAGAGUCUCAAAACCGCGCCUGUUUCUCACUGAUAAAAUGCAAAUUGCACUUGCUGGUGGAUUAGGCCAUGGUGUGGCGCAUGCUGUUUUUUUUUGCCUUAGUCUCUUAACUCCAGCAUUUGGUCCAGCCACAUUUUUUGUUGAUAAAUGCUCACAGAUACCCUUUUUUCUUGUUUCUGCAUUUAUUGCUCUUGCAUUUGUUACAAUCCACACUUUCUCAAUGGUUAUUGCGUUUAAUGGGUAUGCUGAAGGGAAUAAAGUGGACCAGUAUUUUGUUCCAGUUGUUCAUUUUGUUGCUGGAAUGCUGACACUGGUAAAUUUUGCAUCUGGGGGUUGUGUUAUUGGGAUUCCUCUCCUUUAUGUCAUGGCAUUCUUGAGUUUGAUUCACUGUGGGAAGAUGGUGUGGAGAAGAUUAACAGAACAUCAAAUCCGGCAGGGUAAUUCUUUGUAAUUUGUCAACUCUCCUACCUAACUUUUUGAUUCAGAUGUGUACUUCGCUUCACAUAUAAGUUCUCGCAAUAACCUCAUGAAAUUAACUGCUUUCAUGCAUGAAGAUGCAUUCAUGUUGCAAGUCUAUAUCCAUGAUUAUUUAUCUGAACCUUUUAUUCUGUCAACCAAUAUACUAAUUCUAGUCAAUUGGUUAUUUUGUUU